AUGCCUACCUACAUUAUCACCUGCAAGGAGAAUGCUUCCGACGAGGAAGUCAAGUCGGCCAAGGACCACGCCAUUAAGCAGGGCGGCACCAUCGAGCACGAAUACAAGAUCAUCAAGGGCUUCUCAGUCAAGUUCCCCGACGGCGCCGUGACCACUCUGGAUUCCCAUCCCAGCAUCAAGGCGGUCGAGGCAGACGGCGUUAUGAAGAUCCAGUGA